CGCGAGGAAGCGGAGAGGCGGCGGGAACCUGGGUCGUGGUCUCGCUCUGUGUUGACCGCGACCCUUGGCGAGUGGGCUAUGGGGGAGCCCGGCUCCUUGGUUAGGGGAGACCGCGCGGGUGGCCGGAUCUGGUGUUUGCGGCGGGUGGGGAUGAACGCUGAGUGGCUGCUGUUGGAGGACGGAGACGAGGUGACUGUAGGGCGAGGAUUUGGUGUCACAUACCAGCUGGUAUCAAAAAUCUGCCCUCUGAUGAUUUCCCGAAACCACUGUGUUUUGAAGCAGAAUGCCGAGGGCCAGUGGACAAUUAUGGACAACAAGAGUCUGAAUGGUGUUUGGCUGAACAGAGAACGUCUAGAACCUUCAGAAGUCUGUUCUAUCCAUAAGGGAGACCACAUCCAGCUUGGAGUGCCUCUGGAAAAUAAGGAGAAUGCAGAGUUUGAAUAUGAAGUUAUUGAAGAAGAUUGGGAAAGGAUAUAUCCUUGUCUUGCCCCAAAGAAUGACCACAUCAUAGGAAAAAAUAAGGGCCUGAGAACUAAAAGGAAAUUUAGUUUGGAUGAAUUAGAGGGUCUUGGAGCUGAAGGGCCCUCAAAUUUGAAAUGCAAAAUAAGUAAAGUGUCUUGUGAACCUGGUCAACCAGUGAAGUCAUCUGGGAAAAGUGAAGUAGCCAGUCACCCCCCUGAAUAUUUGGAUCCUAAGUUGACUUCUCUUGAGCCGAGUGAGAAGACCACAGGGGCUCAUGUUUCCCCUGGCCCCGUAGAAGUCGUAGAGCUUCAGCAAAAGAAGCAGAAAAAAACCUCAAACCCUUCAGCGUCUCAGAGCAGCUUAGACCUGUUUAGGGUGACCAUGUCCAGGAUUCUGAAGCUGAAAACACAAAUGCAGGAAAAACAGGUAGCUGUUCUGAAUGUGAAAAAGCAGACCCAAGAAGGGAACUCAAAGAUGAUUGUGAAAAUGGAGCAGGAACUCCAGGAUUUACAGUCCCAGCUAUGUGCGGAGCAGGCCCAGCAGCAGGCCCGAGUGGAGCAGCUAGAGAAGACUUUCCAGGAGGAGGAACAGCAUCUCCAGGGUUUGGAGAAAGAGCAAGGAGAAGAGGACCUGAAGCAGCAGCUGGCCCAGGCUCUGCAGGAGCAUCAGGCUCUAAUGGAAGAGCUAAAUCGCAGCAAGAAGGACUUUGAAGCCAUUCUUCAAGCCAAGAACAAAGAAUUGGAGCAGACCAAGGAAGAGAAGGAGAAGGUACAAGCACAGAAGGAGGAAGUUCUCAGCCACAUGAAUGACGUGCUAGAGAAUGAGCUCCAGUGUAUUAUUUGCUCAGAAUACUUCAUUGAGGCUGUCACCUUGAACUGUGCCCAUAGCUUCUGCUCCUACUGUAUCAAUGAAUGGAUGAAGCGGAAGAUAGAAUGCCCCAUUUGUCGGAAGGACAUCAAGUCCAAAACUCACUCCCUGGUCCUGGACAAUUGCAUUGAUAAGAUGGUAGAUAAUCUGAGUUCAGAAGUGAAAGAACGACGAAUUGUCCUCAUUAGGGAGCGAAAAGAGGAGCGGUGACCUGGGAGCCCAGAUUUGACCAACAUCAACCUUUGAGCUGAAGUGUGCUGGGUCUGUGUGGGGCUGGGGAUACCCAUCUACUUUCUUCAUCCAGCCCACUGACAAGAUUUCUUCUCACAAGUCCAAGCACAGUAGAUACUUGGUGCAGCAUUGGAAAAGGAACUUGAUGCAGCAUUGGAAAGGGGAAGAGGAGCCCCAUGUCCUUAGUUCACCUCUGACUCCUCUCAUGCAGAAUUAAUUAUGCAGAGUAAAUAAUAUCAAACCCUCCUUUUCUCUCCAAAGGCUAACGAGAGUGCCUCUUUGCCUUUGUGGUAACACCGGGAGCCCACACAGUAAACCUAAUCAGUCUCUCUGUUGCAUUUGUUGGCUGAGAGCAGUUCUGGCACCAGUCUCAGUUUCUGCAGUUAUCACAGCGGGUGCAGCUUUGAGGUUUUCUCUAGAGACAGGCGGAAGGUCUGAGGCCCCAUUUAGGGAAGCGUGUGCCAGAGCCAUCAGCAGCUUCACUGGGCUGCAAUGUGGGAUUUAGAGAAAAUUCUCAGUUCAAAUACCAAUCUUCCUUGCCAAUUGAAAGCUGGUUUAAUCCCCAGUGCAUUGGAAUUUUACAAAGGACCAAACUUAGGAUCUGGAGACUAGGAUUGGCAAGCCUGUAAUUGUCAAAGUUCUGAUGCUAUAGCAGGGCUGUUUUCCUCCUGGGCAGGGUUGCUCUUAUCACAGGUUCAGGGAGGGAGACCUGCCUGUCCGUGGCAGCGUGGGGCUGUGAUUCCACCAAGAGCAGCCCCACUCCAGGCCUUCCAGGCUGGUUGCUGUCUUCAAGUUCCACAUCCCCAUGGGAGGAGCAAUGCCUCAUGACUGAUGAGCCAUCGAUCCCUUGUAAACUCUGUGAGGCCAGUUUAUACGAAGGAGAGGGGGAGGAGGACAAUGUUAGGAUGCCAGAUCCUGUGUUGGAGAGAGGAUGCGCUGGAGCUGGGGCAGAUAACGAACAUCCAACAUCCCUCCAGGAACUUCUUAUUGUGGAAGACCACCUGUGUAAACGUAGAGUCAAGUUAUUAAUCAAAGCAGCUUUUCCUUGAGAGUUUCUUGGUUCCUGCACUUAACUCUAGAUGAACACAGGGUAUUUUUAGAGCCUAAAUAAGUUGGUAUUCUAGAUUUCCAUGAACUAAUCAUGGGAAGUGGCUGGCGUCGCUGAUUAUUCCUCUUCCUCCCCCACCCCAAACCCCCUAGUACCAUAGACUUAGGUACAUCACCAUUGAGGCUUCUUUGCAUCAGCUGGAUACAUAUCCUGCCCAACGGCCUGUUGCUGUCAUUCUUAAGAAAUCUUAAGACUAGACAUGCUUCUGCUCCUGUCUAGGGCUUCUGUUUGAACUGCUUUCUGCUUUCCUACCCUGGAGAGUUUGGACCUCUUUUACCCUUGUCCCAUGAAAACUGAACCAGAACUAACCUCAGAGAAACAUCUCUUCCUUGCUUCCUUUCUCUGGGCCUUUCUGUCUUCUCAGUACCUAUUAAGCGCCAGGGGCUGGGGAUAAAAGUCAGCAGGGCAUGUGCAGCCCCUGCCUUCAUGGCACUUUCAGUCUAGAUGUAGGGCCUAGGCUGCUUAUAGAAAAGUGCUAUAAUAAGAGAAAUGAAGGGUGAUAGGUAAAGGUCAAGGGCAGGCAAGAAAGUGAAGGGAAGUGAAGGGCUAUGGGUGUAUAUUAUAAGUGGAGGGUCCAGAAGCAAGAAAGCAAGGGGAUUUUGAGGGCUGAAAGAAGUCCAAUGUGGCUGAAUUGUAGCAUGCUGGAGAAAAUGUUGAGCUGUGAGGCUGGAAAAGUAGGCAGGACUGGAUCGUGAAGCAUCUUCUAGACUAUGUUAAAGAUUUAGCCUAGGGACAUUGGGAAAACUAUCAGAAGAUUUUAAGUGGAGAUGUGACUGCUUGUGUUUAUGUUUUUCUGGAUAGGUUAAUGUGGCUGCAGUGACAAGAAUAAGUGGUGAUGGGAACAAGAAUAGAUACCAGUACCCCCAGCCAAAGAUGAUGGUGGCUGGGCUAGAAAAGUAGCAGUGGGGAUGGAGAGAGUGGAUGAACUUGUGUGGUAGUUAAGGGAGUAGAAUCUACAGGUUCUUGAGACUGGUUUGCUGGGAGGAAUGGGAGGGAGCUCAGAGUCGAGGAUCACUCCCAGGUUUCUGCCAGGCGCAGAUGGGUGGAUGAUGGGGCAUUCACUGAAAUGAGAAGCAGUUUGGCAGGAAGAUAAGUUUUAGACUGAAAAGUAAGUUGAAGGCACCUAUGGGCAUCAGUGGAGCUGUUCAGUGGGUGUUUGAGUAUGUGGAUCUGGUGCCUAGAAGAUAGGCCUGAGUUAGGAUACUAGAUUUGGGAUUAUGAACCAUGGAAGUGGAUAAGCCACUUUGCACACUCUCUGUGAGUGGUAAGAGCCAAAGGUCAAGUACCUAUCCCUGAGAAACACCAACAUUUAAGGGAUGGGUAGUGGGAGAGGAGUAUGCAGGACAGAACAGUGAGGAAUGGCCAAAGGGAGAUGGAAAAAGAGGGAAGUGUGGGACAGGCAACAAAGCCAUCAGAAUUGUGUGCCUUGAGCCUUCCCGAGGAUGCCUGUGUCUGAGCUAGCCGCCUCAUCACAUUCUAGACGUCUCCCUGUUAUCUCUUUCAAACACUUACCAGAUUGAAGUUGUAUUUGUUAGUGUGCUCUUGCCCCUAGAUUUAUAAACUCGGGGACAGGGAUUUUAUCUUACUCCAUGUGGCAUUCUCAGGGCCUAGAAGAGUGUUUGGUAGGUCUUGAGUAAAUACGUGGUUAUGAAUGGUUAUGAAGUGAGGAGUCAGCAGUGUGAAAUGCAGCUGAGAAGUUAAACAAGAUAAGGACGAAAAAUUGCACUUUGGAGGUAGCAGAUGUGUGGGAAAUUAAUGACUUUAUCUAGUACAAGUUUGGGGGACUGGUGGGAUCCAGUCCAGUUUGCAGAGAAUUGGAGAAUGAAUGUGAGGUGAGGGAGUAGAGAAGAGUAAGAAUAGACAAGUUCUGCAAGAAAUUUCGCUAUGACUAAGAUGAGGGGGAGCAACACAAGAGAAGGCUGUAGUUGGAGGAGGAAGUGGGGUAAAAGGAAGUUUUCGUUCUGUUUUUUAAAGGCAUGAGAGAUGUGAGCAUGUUCACUUGCUGAUUGGAAGGAGCCUGUAGAGAGGGAGGUGCUGGAAAGCCGAGGCAGUGGAUAGGGCAAGAUUCUUUGGAAGGCAGGAGAGAAGGCAUGCAGAGCACAGACGGAGGGGUUAGUCUUUAAAAGUAGGAGGGUACAUGCGUACAGCCUCUUGUAUAGAGAAAGAGCACAAUGUGGGAGGGUAGGCAAGGAAAUUUGCUUGGAGGGAGUCAAGAGAAUUUCUUUUUUGUGGCUUCGGUAUUUUUCUGGGAGCUAUUAGGUGAGGCCAUUAGCUGAGAGGAAGGGAGCUUCGCUUGGUUCUCUCAGCUCUCCAAGGCUGAAGGCAUGCCCAGCCCCAAAUCCCACCACCUCAAAGACUGCCCACAAGUGGGAGAAAAGUAACCUUUGUAAUCUUUUCAAUCCUCCUACCAAAGCGUUCCAGACCUCAGUCUCAGAGAAGGGGACAGUUUCCUUGGUGGUUUUAUUAUGCCCUUAGUAUAGGCCAGGAUCCCUGCUUCCCUGGGAUCGAGGAAGGAGAAGCUGUCAGAAAGGACUGGAAACCAGUAAAUAGCCCCUCCUACCCCCUCCCUCUCUGGACAGAGGAAGAACUCCCACCUCUCCCUACCUGUUGCUAUGUAUGUGAUUUCUUCUUUCCUUCAGCAGAUUCGUUAUUGAGGGCCAGCUUUGUGCCAGGCACUGUUGUAGGUGUGAGGAAUAGAAGGAGAAGUGAAAAUCUAAUGUUAGAUGUGAUUACUGCUACGGGGGAAAAUAAAGCAAGAAAGCAGUCAGGGAGAGAUGGGGAGAGCAUUGGCAAAUUUUGAUAGGGUGGUCAAGGAAGGCUUCACCAAGAAGGUAAUAUUAGAGUAAAGCUCUGAAGGCAGUCGCUGUGCUGUCAUCUGGGGAAAGAGUAUCCCAGGCAGAGGGACUAGGAAGAGAGAGUGAGCUUGGAGUGCUGGAGGAACGACAAGGAGGCCAGUGUAGCUGGAGUGGAGUGAGCGAUGGGGGAGAGGAGUAGGAGAGUACGAGGUGAGGUCAGAAGGUUGGGCGGGGCCAGACUGUGUAGGGCCUUAUAGGCCUUUGGAAGAACCUUGACUUUAACUCUUACUCUGGGAGAAGUGGGGAGCUGGCUUUGAGCCAGAGUGACAUGAUGCGACUUUUGUUUUCUCGGUUCACCAUGGCUGCUGUGGGGGAAAGAGACUGAGGGUGGCAACAGGGAUGCCAGAGGAGGGAAAUACAAGCUCUUCCUUUACUUCUCCUUUCUUUCUUUCCAAAGCAAAGAGGCUGUCCUGAAGACCGUGCUCCGGGGCAUUUGAAAGACUACCAGGCAAUGGGAGCUUGGGAUGGUCUGGAGGAUUCUCUGUGGACGGGUUUUGGGCUACUCUGAGACAGAGCGUGGGAUAGAGCCACGUGGAACAAAGACUGAGUUAGGAAGUCCUCCGUCACGAGCCUUCCAUGUUGGCCAGCCCUGCUGCCACCGUUGUCUGAAGCACCACUGGUACUCAGCGCAUCGACCGCUUCAGGGUACUUGAUGGACUCUGCUUCACUACAUGUUGAAUGGGUUAUAUAGUUCUGUACUGCUUUCUAAGUUUGUUGUUGUUUUGUUUUGGUGCCUCAGAAGCACCUCUGUUGACAUUUGUUUUAGACAGGUUUGGUGUACCCCUGUGGCUAUACCUGAAAGCUAAGGCAGCCUCUGUUUGAGAGGAUGGUAUACCUCUUCUUUAUGAAAACAAGAUGUCAUUUCCUGGAAAUAAAAUGUAAAACUUA